AUGUCGGAAAUCGAUCCUCUCGCUUCCAGAAGGCCCCCAAACUCCAAUCCUUCCCUUCGCUGCCCCGGCCUAGAUAAGGCUGCUGGUGCCCUGCGCCCCUAUCCACCACAUCCGGAUCAUCACCUUCAUUGUCUACUUAACAAGCCGGCUGGCCAGCUUCCUCAACUCUAUUCACACUCCUCUCAUACAUACCAUACCAUUCACCUCCCCACAUCCACUUUAGAGGCAGCGCAGACAUCGCCUGUUCAGUGCAAGAUGGCUCCGACGAAGCCGGUUCUUCCUCCAUUGAGCACGCCAAAGAACAUGACCUUUCCCUCCGAACUUCGGGAACGUACCUGGACAUGCCUCGAUAUAGACAGGCCGAUCAAGGAGGUCAAGAAAGAAGACGAGGACGACAACGAGAACGAGGUUGUCACUAUCACUCCUCCACCAGCGUAUACAGAGUUUCUCAAUACUUUCAGUCCUAUCUUCUCAAAGCCGGCCACCUCUCGAGAGAACUUUUAUAAAUACAUGCGUGACAAGCCUCGCCCUUCUCCCGCUUCUCCACCCCUCACUGCCACCUCGACCACGUUCCCAAGCGGAAACUCACCCAAAAGCACAACUGCCAUGGCACCUUCCCAGGGACCACGAGCUCCGAUGGUGGCCAAAAGCCCUACCCACAUUCAACGCAUGCGUCUCCCUGCGCCAUACCUCUAUACUCCUGUGUCCGCGUCCCCACGGAGUGCGCACCCCCUUCGCUCACCAUUUACGCCAUCAGACUGGAGACAACAACGUUUCUUUGACUCCCCUGUCAGUGAAACUGGAAAUGCGUUCUGCGUACGACACGUCGUCACCACCACAGUCACGUAUAAGCGGGCACCUCAACUUGACCCACCACCGCAAGGCAAGCGGAGAAAGAACGCCAGUCGUCGGACUACAUAA